AUGCACCAUACAUCAUGGCGGAACUGGCAUAUUAUGACUGCUCAGACUCACUGCUCCCCAUCCACGACACAACAGAAACCAUCCUCAUCCUCCCUUUACGAGAGUUUAUUCUAUUCAUCUUUUACAAAGACAGCGAAGAAUCACCCCGGGAUUCGAGUAUCUCUAGAACAACCAUACCAUGCGUCUUAA